AAGACGUUGGCGAGGAGAACUUCUGCAGCGAGACGACUUCACGAGCCUUGCAAACACACACGAUGAAUCGCUCUAUGUACGCUACAGUGGUGGUGGUGGUGGCGUUGGUGUUGGUGGUCGGCGUAGUGGUGGAGGCGGCUCCUGCUGGGGAUGGAAGGAUAGACGAAGGAGGAGUGGCUGCCUUCAGGAGAAGUCUCUACGGGCCUGGAAGAUCACCCGAGCGCCGAGCCAAUAACCAGUGUUCGAGCAAUGCCCGCAAGCAGUACGUGUGCGAACUGUGCGCGAAGCAAACCAAGUCCCUCCAGGUGUACACGCUCUGCUGCGACGGCAUCGACAACGCCCAGACCUGGUGCGAAAGCUUCAUUGGUUUCGGCAUCACGGGCGUCUGAAGCCCCGAGUCCGACCUGCAGCUUCAACCUCAUCCUCCUCAUCCGCACAAGUUCCUUCCCAACUCACCCAGAAACGAAAAAAGACAAGAUGAAUCUUUGAUGAAUAUUCUUUUUUUUUUCUUCUUCUUCUUCACCCCUUUCUCUCAGUACGUAUUACUUCCUUUCUUUCUUUCUUCUUCUCUCUCUCUCUCUCUCUCUCUCUCUCUCUCUCUCUCUCUCUCUCUCUCUCUCUCUCUCUCUCUCUCUCUCUCUCUCUUUCUCUCUCUAUCUCUCUCCCUUUCCUCCGAAUCUCACCCGCUCUCCCACUUGCAAGACGCCGGAAAGACCAGCGAGAUCAAGGUAGCAAACCGCAAGCGACGAAGGAGAAUGGAAAACGGAUAUUGGAAAGCUAGACAUGGGAUACCUGAUAAAGAAUAGGAGAUGAAAAAGAAGCUCGAGAGGACAUGAGAAGGAAUCGGUGGUGCUUUUCUUCGACGGGAAAUCAAGGUCCUCGCAUCUCGAUUUCGUUUCCGUCACUGCUACGGAGUCGUGCUGGCGUGCCGGUGACCCAAGCUUAAAGAAGCGGCUUUUGACUGUAUAUCUUAAUCUGCUAGGCCCACUUUCACUUAUAGAGAAGUCUCUGAUGCAUAUCUAGGAGUGGCUGUCGUUCAAGAGUUCAAAGAUAUACUGAUAUUAGACUUGGUUGAGUGAUACACACACUUGAAUAUAUAUAUGUAUAUAUAUAUAUAUAUAUAUAUAUAUAUAUAUAUAUAUAUAUAUAUAUAUAUAUAUAUAUAUAUAUAUAUAUAUCUGUGUAUGUGUGUGUGUGUGUGUGUGUGUGUGUGUGUGUGUGUGUGUGUGUGUGUGGAUGCGUGUAUAAGUUUGCUGCAUGGCAACUCGUGUUCCUGUUGCCAGCUCACGGCAACCACUGUACUAUCUGUAUAAUACCAAUGAACAAUGUUUUCUUGACAGUUAUGCCACAGAGCCCAAGCCUUCGAAUAUAUGUCUCUGCAGCAUUUUCAUUUGCCUUGGAUCUUUGUUAUAAUUGCUAUUAUCAUUGUUACCGUUAUUGUUAUUAUUAUCAUUAUUAUUUUAUUAUUAUUAUUAUCAAUAUAAUUAUUAUUAUUAUUAUUUAUUACCAUUAUUAUUAUUAUCGUUAUUAAUAUCAUUACCAUUAAUGUUAUUAUCAUUAUCAUCAUUAUUGUUGUUGCAUUAAUUUGUCACUAUAACUGGUGUUGUUACCACUGUUUCUGAUAACAUUAUUGUUAUUGUCAAAAAUAUGAUUAUUAGCAGUGCAUUUCUAGUUAUCAUUAUUAUCAUUAUCAAUGCAACUAUCCCAGUGUUCACCCAUGGACGCUGUGAUUCGUAGCUAUAAUAUAGAGCCUGAAAUACAGCUUAAACUAGAGUCUGCUGCAGUGUAGGGUAUAAUAGAUUUCUGAGUGAGGGAAUUCAAGUCCAGAAUGAUAGGUUAAGUGCGAUAUGGAUCCCAGGGUAUGCUAGAUCAAAAAUGGCGUAAGGUCAAGAGAUAUAAUAAAAGAGAGGAGUCUUAAAAGUCCAGGAUAUAAACAGUGUAUACAGGUAAGGUCGUGUAAGGUCAAGCUAGGGAGAAUGCAAUUUUUUUUUCCCAAGUGGCUGGCAGGAUCCUUGCGCCCCUCGUGGUUGCAAUGGAGUCCUGGGCGACCCUCCCUUAACUGCAGGUCGAUGCUUUGACCUGGCAUGACCUUGUCCCUCCCAAAGCCUCUCUUGGUACUGUAUAGGUUUUAGUUGAUGUACAAAAAAAGAUAUAGAGUUUUAUAUUUUACUUAAGUCUCAAUAUCGUAUUUAUUCAGUUUGUAUUUAUUGCGUGAGUCCCAAAGUGUCUGCAUGCACAAUGUGAUGUCGUGAAUAAAAGCAGAAGCAGAAUUUAUAUCAUUUAUUAAUAAAAAAAAACAAUAUAU